GCCGGGGCAGCGAGGGCGCUGCAACCGGAAGUAGCGCGUGCGUGUGGCUUCUCUCGAGUCACCCAGCGUCUAUUUGUUGAGCGCUUCCCGUGAGGCGAGCGCUGUACUGAGCGCUCGGGAGGGAACCGCAUGGGCCGCAAGAAGAAGAAGAAGAAGGAGACUGGCGCCGCCGGGGCGCGGGGCCGACAGGUCCUCACCUUCGAUGAGGAGAAGCGGCGGGAGUACCUGACCGGCUUCCACAAGCGUAAAGUGGAGCGGAGGAAGGCGGCCGUGGAGGAGAUCAAGCGCAAGCUGAAGGAGGAGCAGAAGAAACUGCGGGAGGAGCGCCACAAGGAAUACCUGAAGAUGCUGUCAGAGCGAGAAGAGGCCCUGGAAGAGGCAGACGAGCUGGAGCGACUGGUGACGUCGCAGACGGAGACCGUGCGGUACGACCACCCUAACCACACGGUGACCGUGACCACCAUCUGCGACCUGGACCUCUCUGGGGCUCGCCAGCUGGGGCUACCCCAGCCUGGGGCGGAAGACAGUGCUGGAUCGGAGAAAGAGGAAGAGCCGUGGGACAGAACCACCAGUGCCUUGCCCAAAAAGUCUGGAGACCCCUUCCUGUCCCAGAGGAUCUCCACCCUCACUGCCUCCCUACACGCGCACACCCGCAAAAAGGUCAAGAGGAAGCGCCCUCGGCGCCCCCUGGACUCGGGCAAGAAGCCUCCCAGCGCCGGGCGGACCACCAGAUCUCAACGCCGCAAACUGACGGGCAAGGCCAGACCCGGCGGAGACUGAGCGGCCGGGAGCCGCCGGACCUCGCCCACGGCCAGGCGCGCACGCCGGACCGUGCCGGACACGCCUUGUCUGGGAAGCGGCUCCGCAGAGGAACGCCGCCCGUCUCCCAGCCCGGGCCCGGGCUUCCGGCUCCCCGCGGGCCUGGGCGUCGCGCUGGCCACCUUUUGCCGGGCCGGGCCGAAACCAUCCCCCUUCCCCGUCCCUUCCAGGGUCUCGGUCGGGGCCCCUGACUUCAGUCGCCUCGCCCGCGGGGGAGGAGCCGGAAGCUCCAGUAGGAAGUGGUGUGGAGACUUCCUGUCGUCAUCACAGACAUUAGAUGUUUUUGCCAAACGGGA